UUUAUAUAUAAAGAAAAAAAAUACACAAGGCAGGAAAAGAAAAACAGCCAAAACAUAUUUAGUAAAGUUGCACACCCAAAGAAAAGGACAAACAUGUAUUUCAAUUAUAAUCAGUUUAAUGUCUAAUUUGCACUCUUCUUCUUAUUACUGCACCUUCUUCAAACUUCAAAAUCCUUGUAAUGGAUUAAAGCUUAGAAAAUUCUUCUUCAAAGAACUAGUUGAUCUGACUCGGAUUAAAGUUGAAAAUGUCGAUGAAAGCAGCUGGCCGCUCUCCGAUGAAUCGGAUAACAAAAUCGAAUUAGACGCAAAGAAACAUCGGGGUCGUAAUUGAAGUUCAGCGCGACAGACUUCUUCCAAGAAAUUGAUUCAAUUGCGUAUCAGUUCGAGGACGACAAGGUGUUUGUGAAAAUGCCUCAAGAAAGACAUUGACUUGGUGUUUGUGAAAAUGCAUCAACGAAAUUGGCAUAAAAGUCAAGGAAGGGAGAGUGUGAAUUCAGAAGGAGGAAUCACCGUUUGGAAUGUGUUUGACAAUGUGAAGACCACAACAAAGACUCCUGAAGCUCUAAUGGCGGAGAUCAAUGCUGCAAUUUCAAAUUUAGAAUAUGAUCGAACCGCGGCUUAUUUAGAAUCUCCAAUAUCUCCAGAGGAUGAGGAACCUAGUGCGAAUUCAAGAAGUCAGUAUGAUGUUCGAAUAGUGGAUGGUGCUUACAAGGCAGGUUGUAAAGCAUUAACUGUUGGUAAGCUUGACGAGGCUCUUCAUUCGUUGAAUGUUUCUCUUUCGAAAUGCCCACCUGAGAAAUCCUCUGCUGUUGCUAAGAUUCAAUCUUUGAUCUCCCUCACGUCUCAGCAAAUUCAGAUCAGAUCUUCUAAUUGCCAAGAAAUUUCAGAAGAUUGAUUGGUUUCAUUCAAUAUAUGUUUUCUUCCAUCCCCAUUUGUUCUUCAUUUUUUUUCCAGGGAUCAGAAUUUCUCUCACUGUUCUUUAAUAAUCAUGUCUGACUGUGAAUAUAUGUUUUUCAUUUGUUCAAAUUUUUUUUCUGUAA